AUGAUCCGGUCGACUGGCGAUAUUUAUGAUGGUCAUUGGUUUGACAGCAAGAUGCAUGGAUCGGGUACAAUGCUGUAUGCGGAUCGCAGAAUAUAUACUGGUGGUUGGUUGAAUGGUAUGAAAUCGGGUUCGGG